ACAACUACAGUCUCCGCCAAUCCGGGAGAACAAUUUAAGGGGAGGAGAACGGAUUUAGACUGCUAUUUAAUGCUUCAAUUGAUCCAUUGCGACAAACCUCCUCGCCUUCUCAUAGCAAGAGCACACUACGCCAUGGCCUACGCCACCGUCGUUUGCUCCUACGCCACCAACAUGACCGCAAAACCGCCCGCCGGGACUGUACCCGCCGGCGCUGCUUCCCGCCGCCAGGCAGCUGCGGUGCGCUGCGUCUCGACGCCGCCGGAACUCGGGAGCCCGGUGGUGGAGCGGUUCGACCUCAAGGAGUACAUGGCGGAGAAGGGCCGCAGGGUGAACGAGGCGCUGGAGCUGGCCGUGCCCCUCCGCUACCCGGAGCUCAUCCACCGAUCCAUGCGCCACUCCCUCCUCGGGGGCGGCAAGCGGGUCCGGCCGCUCCUCGCCAUCGCCGCCUGCGAGCUCGUCGGCGGAUGCGAGGCGGCCGCCAUGCCCGUCGCCUGCGCCGCCGAGAUGCUCCACACCAUGUCGCUGAUCCACGACGACCUCCCCUGCAUGGACAACGACGCCCUGCGCCGCGGCCAGCCGACCAACCACGUCCUCUUCGGCGAGGAAACGGCCAUACUCGCCGCCAUCGCCCUCCACUCUUUCGCCUUCGAGCACGUCGCCGCCAGCGCCUCCCGGGUCGGGGUGGCGCCGGAGCGCGUCGUCCGCGCCAUACUGGAGCUCAGCAACUCCGUCGGAUCCGAGGGCCUAGUGGCUGGCCAGAUUGUGGACAUUUCUUGCGAGGGGAAGGAAGUGGACAUGGGCGUGCUGGAGUACAUCCACAUCCACAAGACUGCGCGGCUGCUGGAGGCGGCGGCGGUUAGCGGGGCGAUCGUGGGCGGCGGGGAGGAGGCGGAGGUGGAGCGGGUGCGCCGCUACGCGCGCAGCGUGGGGCUGCUGUUCCAGGUGGUGGACGACAUCCUGGACGUGACGAAGACGUCGGAAGAGUUGGGGAAGACGGCGGGGAAGGACCUGGCCAGCGACAAGACCACCUACCCGAAGCUGCUCGGUCUGGACGGCGCCCGGGAAUUCGCUCACACGCUGGUGCUCCAGGCCGAGGGGGAGCUCGCCGCCUUCGACGCCGCCCGGGCCGCGCCCCUCUACCACCUCGCCCGCUUCAUAGCUUACCGCCACAACUAGAUCUUCUAUCUUAGCCAACCUCCGGUUCUACGGAUACGAAGGAAAAUAAAGUUUAGAAAUACCUCCAUUAUAUUAUUUAUAAUUGAUAGUCGUCCGUUAUUUAUCUUCUUCGGGUUGGUCUGAGAUGAUAGAACGGAAUA